CGAUGUGAAGGUUUUUGGACGACAACAGCCCAACUACUUUGCUGCUAACAACCGGGACAUCUACAUCAUACUCCUUUUGUCCGAUCUGCGUUUCCUGAAUGGGCGAAUCGUGUUUCUGCUCAGUGAAUUGUUUUCAUCGAUCAACUUUAUAGUGAUUGUACCGCCUCCGUUUGAAUUUCAACCACCGCUCCUUAUUAGCACUGACUAUAACAUGGGCCUAGUGAUCGUGCCUCAUGACGUACCUAUGCGCCAAAUGUUUUCCGAUCGCUUCGAUGCCGAUCGUCACCCAGUGGUGAAGAUAGUAGGCUAUGGGUUUCCAAUAUGUAUACGCAUCAACGAGCAGGGACAAGUGGUAGGCUACGAUUGGAACGUGUUUCGUACCAUUUUGGUGCACAUGAAACUGCGCUGGCAUGUGACUGUUUACGAGCUGAAUUCAACCAUGGAGCUGAUGCAAUGGUUCAACAAGGAGCUGGAUGAGGGUCACAUAGAGAUCUUGAUCGAUCGAACCUUCCGGCCGGAUACGAACUCGGUGCAGCAUGUCCUGCCCGAGAUGAACGGAGUGUGUCUGAUCAUUCCCAAAACGCAAAAGUACGAGAUCCUGCAGCAUCUCCUGCGACCGUUUGCCUCGACUGCUUGGAUUGUACUGAUCGUUGCCCUGCUGGUUGGUUCCUGCAUAGCUAAGCGCCACUUUCGGCACAGCCUGCUCGAUACUCUCAUCUUCGGUGUGGACCUGGACGCGGCCAGCGUAUCUCGCAGGGAACGUAUCGUGCUGUUCGCCUGCUUGGUUGUGUUUUUCAUCCUUUCCGAAGCGUACCAAGCCAAGCUGUUGGCGCUGAUGAGCUCCAGCCGCUAUCCGCCCGAUCCAAAGACGGUGGCCGAAUUCCUGCAAACCGACACCCUGCUGUACGUAGGUGAGGCUACUGCAACGGUUCUUUCGUUUCGUCCAUCGUUAACAGGACGCGUGCGGAAGGCGGCCGACUACUGGUUCACGUUCGACGGGGAGCAGGACUACGGCACCCUGAUGCAGUGUCCUGUUGCAUGGGACUUUUUCCUACGCUGGACCAACCGGCAUUACAACCUGCACGGGUACAACGUUCGGCCGCGGGUGCACAUCGUGGCGGAGAAUAUCCUCUCCCUGUCGGCUUCUUACACGUUUUCGCGUUCGUUUUUGUUGUAUCCACGGUUUAAGGUCUAUCUGGACCGUAUUUACGAAAGCGGGCUGAUGCGCUACUGGCAAACGGAACAGGAUCGUCGGCAAAUGUUUGAGCAAAAGUUUGUGUUCGUAGAGAAUGAGAUCAUUUCGUUUAACGAUCUGAUCAUGGUGUGGAUCGUGCUGGGGAUCGGUCAUGGAUUGGCGUUCGGGGUGUUUUUGAUAGAGCUGUUGAGCUUCUUGCUCAAACGAUACGUGCGCAAUCGAGACAUUGUGCUGCGCAUUCCGGUCGGCCCGAUCCUGGUCGGUACGACGCUCAUUACCUAA